AUGGAUUCCGUUGUCUCCAGCCCACGACCAACAAUUCCCCCGAGCCAAAGGAGAUGUUCGCUCCUUGAGCUUUCUGAAAAGCUCCGAGAGCUGGCCGACAUGCCGGUCAAGCCAGAAACGAAGGACAUAGAGAGCGUGUCCGAGUUUCGCGACCUUAUCCACCAACUUUGCCAAGAGGCACCGGCCGUUGCGCAAGCCAUCGCUGCGGCAAUACGAGAAAACAUUCCAGACCCGUCUCCUCGCUUACCUUCGAAACGAAAACGGAGACAAGAUCCGUCUUAUCGGCCGAGUCACGCGGUGCAAUUAGUUCCAAGGAAGAAGCAACGUACCGACGAUAAAAACGCAGUUGAUGGGCCUAUGACUCCGGAGAGUCCAAUUCCCGAGAGCGAAAGCCCGGAAACCGAGAAUGCACUGGAUUCUAUGAUUUGUGUUGACACCGCUGAACUCAGAUCCGCGUCUAAGCAUGAGAGCAAGCCAGACGUUCACUCGACGACGCUUGCCAUGGAUGAAGACAAUGCCGCCAAAAGCGACACCAUUCACUGUAACACGAUGUCCAUGGAUCCCACCGGGCAGCGAGCAGAGUCGCCACCUGUGCCUGAACAGGAUCCUACUGAGAGUAUGUCCUUUCUGGAUACCGUCCACCAGAUGGUCAACAUCGUCCACCUGCUCAACAGGUAUCAAACCGAUCUGCCACGUACUGUCCAUCGAAGGAUCCUGCAAAGUCUUCACACCACUCAGGAGCCGAUCAGGGACUCAACUGCCCAUCAAUGGUCGGACGGGAGGAUGUGGAUGGAGGUGCUGGAGAGGGGAUCUGCCACAAAUCGGCGAUGUUCCGUACUUAACAUGCUGGAAUAUAUAGGCGCCUCGAAGUGGUACGAUGAGCAGAUUGAACACGCAAAGCGCACAGUCUGUACCAUGGAAAACAAACCUGUGGGUGAGAAGGGAGCAGCAACACAUGUGCUGGACCGCAUCACCCGGGAGCAUAGCUUGCUGAGUAGAAAGACCAUUACCAACCAGUGCUCCAGGGGAAAGAGAUUGCGCGAGCUUGUCGAAAAGAUCGGACUAGGGAUCCUGAUUAGCUCUAAGAUCUGGGAUUAUACUAAGAGAACGGGACCCCAGUUCAACCAGCUAGUCCGAGACUUCAAGGCAGAUACACAACGAUUGGCACUGUUUCGGAUUCUUACUCCACAGGUGGAACAACUGGUCCACAAAGGCUGCACGGAUCCGGAAGCGUUGUACGGAGCUUUGAGAGAGAAUGAUAUUGUCUCCGAGGAUGAAUUGCAAGAGAUGAAAGCAAAACAUCAAUCAGAAUCUGGCUCAACUUCCGCAGUCACUCUAAGCAAGGCGGUCGACCGACUAACCGGUCAGGUCAGCACACAAUUGUUCAACAAGCGGAAACUGGAUGUAAAUGACACGAUUACAAUCAAUGGAAGUGUGGAACUCUCGAUCGAUUUAUUCGCGCGACUCCGGGCAGGGGAAUGGCUCGAUUCUUGGGCCAUCAUGGCAGCCAUGCGUAUUUCGGACCGACCGGAUUUUGUCAGAUUUGGCGAGAGCAUUCCAUUAGACAGCAUCGGAAGACAUGGCCAGAUGCGAUCGAUCAAGCGGCCUUUUCAGGUUUGGGCGGGAAAGAUCGCAAUGUUCCGGAGAGACAACAGUAGACCUCUCAUAUUCUACUGUCCCGUAAACCACGACAAUUCACAUUUCACGCUGCUCGAGGUCAACGACAGUGAAAAAGCCAUUCGACAUUACGACUCACAAGCACCACUGACCGCUAUAAAUGGCACGAAGAAGACACGAAUCGCGGCUCUGGUCGAGGAUGAAUUUGGCGAUCUAGGAUACAAAUAUACCGAAGCGCCUACACCGCAACAGCGCGAUGGCUGGAGUUGUGGCACUCGAGUGGUCUGGAGCUUCAGACGACUAGCCAAUGGAUUAGAUAUUGGGUCAUGGGAUACCGUGCUGAGCUCGGAACGGUUGAACAUGGAUAUUGUAAGCGGGCUCCAGGCAUCUGUUGAGUGGAACGCUAUGCAGAAGUAUAACCGAAGCCGCAAACGUGAACCCAAGACAAACGCACAAACUCCAGCCCGUUAA